AUGUCGGAACUCCGCCAACGCCAGGCUGGUAAAGCCACCUCCACCCGUAAAGAAGCUACGCCGCCGCGAUCGAAACACACCGAAGAGGACCGCGGCAUCAGCGUCCUAGACAUUGUUCGCGUCCUCGCUACAGUGGCCCUUGCGACAUUUGGCAUCUCCUACUACAUUACAAAUGGCGAGUCGGUACUUUUCGGCUCUCGACCAUGGUUUACACGAUGGCCAGUUGUGAAGCAGUUUAUUAAUGGCCCUGUUAGCCUUACCCCUGCCCAACUUUCUCUCUACGAUGGAAGCGACGAGUCCCGACCCAUCUACGUAGCCGUUAAUGGCUCUAUCUUCGACGUUUCAGCGAACCCGGGUAUGUACGGUCCCGGCGGAGGCUAUCAUUUCUUCGCGGGUCGAGACGCGACGCGUGCGUUCGUCACAGGUUGUUUCAAAGACGAUCUGACGCCUGAUCUGAGCGGGGUCGAAGAGAUGUUCUUGCCCGUGGAGGAUGUGGAACAUGAGACUCUGACGUCAGCCGAGAAGAAGGUACGGCGAGAGCGGGAGAUGAGGCAUGCGAAGGCGGAGAUUGCGAAGACGGUUGCCCGGUGGGAAGGAUUCUUUGGGAAUUCUAAGAAGUAUUUCCGGGCUGGCAAGGUGGUUGGGGUUAAAGCUGAUCCUGAGGAUGGAAAGCGGGUGCUUUGCGGUGCGGCGCAGAACCAGAGACCCAAGAGGAGCGAGAUGGAUGAGGUGGUCUAG